AUGAUUAAUUCAACAGAUAUACUAGUAGAAAAUAAUGAAGCAGCAUUGUUUUUGAAUGAUGGUCCAGAGGUUCAAACAUACAGUGAAGAAGUUUUAAAUUCUCUUUCACAUGGUAUUGGUUUACUUCUUUGUAUACCAGCUGUCUUUUUUUUAUUAUCAUUAGCUAGAAUGAAGGGUUCAAAAUGGCAUGUAGUAUCUUGUACAAUUUAUGGUAUCACACUUAUGACAAUGUACUUUUGCUCGACUUUAUAUCAUUCUGUUGAUAUAAUUCAUCUUCAAAAGUAUAGAAAUUUCUUUAAGGAUUUAGAUCAUUGUGCAAUUUAUAUGUUAAUAGCAGGUACCUACACACCAUUGACCCUAAUCAAUUUAGUUUAUAAUAAUUUAAAUCAUAACAACAACAAUAGUAGUAGUUCUUCCAAUCAACCAAUGAUUAACGGGGGACAACAACAACAACAACAAAAAAUAAAAACACCAAUAGCAAAAGCAGUUAAAAUUGGAUGGGCAAUGUUUGUUUUAAUUUGGGCAAUGUGUGUACUUGGAGUUGGUAGUAAAUUAGUAUUGGGUGCAAACGGAGUACCAGAUAUCAUAUCGAAUAGCUUUUAUUUAUUAAUGGGAUGGGUAUCAGUGAUUGGGUUAAAGGAUUUAAUUAAAAAUUUACCACAAAAAGGGUUAAAACUUUUAGUAUCAGGUGGUAUUACAUAUACUGGUGGUGUUGGUUUCUUAAUUUGGGAAACUGCUCCUUUCAAUCAUGCCGUUUGGCAUCUUUUCGUAUCCGCUGGUACUUUAUUCCAUUAUUUUUGUAUUUUGGAGAGUUUAUUACCUUCAAAUUUAUUAAAAAAAGAUAAUGAACAUAAUCAUCAUCAUAAUCAUCAUCAGCAACCACACCAAAUUCAAAAUCAAAAUCAAAAUCUAGUUAAUGGUGCAAAUGUUGUUGUUGUACCAUGA